AUGUCAGUAGAAACUUCAAAGCACAAUAAGGUAAAACAUCAUAUAAAUGGGAAACACAUAAGGCAUAGUGCUAACAACAGAAUCAAACCGUCAGUGGAAGUAGAAACAACUUUUUUAGUCAAAUCUUCCACACCUUUUAUAUCGGGAGUAAAGAAAAUCAGUAAAAUACUAGAUAAAUUCAAUAAAACAAUUAAUAGAACCAAUAGAAAAUAUCAAGGUGGAGAAUACAAAAAAGUUAACUAUAUAACUGUAAAAGGAAUGGGAAAAGCUAUACCCAAAACAUUAUCGAUGGCCAGUAAGUUCCAAGAUGAGAUGGAUUUCAAAGUCGAUAUCCUCACCGGUUCAAUAGAAGUUUUAGAUGAGUUUGAACCCGAUGAAACUAAAGAAGAUUCGAUAGAGGAUACAGUUUAUAAGAAAAGAAAAGUGAGUUAUAUCGAAUUAAGGAUAUGGUUAAAGAGGGAAUAA